AUGUCUGCAAUCUUCCCGCCGGAUGAAAUCCAAAGUAUUCAGAGAGCAUCCCGAGCAGGCACAAGGAUGAUCAGGGACAGCGACAUUAGCUCACUGCAUUUUGACAUCUUGAUUGAGGGGGGAAAAAAGCUUAACUCUAGUAUAAUGAAUGCCGUUGCAGCUCAAAUCCAACUCGAAGCUGAAGCUCAAGGGGAAUCUCCGGCAUUCUGUGUUUUCUCAUCCUGGCUUGGCCCACACCUUGGAAUGAAUGUAGAAGAUGGAGCUGAAUAG